AUGAAAAAUGAUGAAUAAUUUCUUAGUUUCAUGGUUGAGAAUGAGGACUCUUAACUUGUAGAAUCUAGACUCUUUAAAGACAAUGAUGAAGAUUAUUUCAAGUCUCUUAGCAAAUAAUUUUAUGGAUCUAAAUCUUAGGAUGGUAUAUAAUUCAGUUUGUGAACUUUCUUAGUUAAGAAGCAAUUGAAAAUUAUUAAAUCUGCCGGAGAUUUGAAAAUGAAACAAUCCAAUACUGCUAAUUUAAGUAAUGUCUUACAACCAUUCUCUAUUAGCUAUUAACUGCAGUAGGUACUUUCCAAUAUUAUUAUUUGUUUUAGUAAAUUCAUAAACUCUUAAGUAAACCUAAACCUUAAGGUUAGAGUUUACAAAGUUCAUUUAAAACUAAUCAAAAAAUGAAUCAAAUUAAGAUAACAUAUUAACAGCUUUAAAAUAGAAAAUUAGUUAUUCCAAAACAUGAAGAUUCUAAUAUGUUAACACAAAACUCCUAUAGAAGUACGCUUAAUACAAGUACAAAAAGCUAGCCAAAAAAAGAUAACGUCUUAGAUUUGUAUUAAAUGAAAUUAAAAACAGAGAGAAGUGUCGAAAAACCCAAAUUAAUGAAGGUCCUCAAAAGAAAUAAGAUGCAUUGA